UGCUGCUACUUGUUGUGUGCGAAAUUCGACGCUCCGGCGCUGUGACUCAUGGUGCAAAAGUGAACGAUUUUGAGCCUGACGCUUAUGGAUGUAUUGAUCGAGAGUAUCGGAAACCUGUGUGCGAAGUGAUUUAUCGAAUCCUUCUGGUGUGCCUGACAUGGCAGAAUUUUGCGGAACGUUUCUUCGCCCGUGAAAAAGAAACUUUUAUAACCGUUAACGCGACGUAAGAUGCCUGACUCUAUGCUGAUGCCCUGGGCUUUGUUUGCACGGAGAACAAUGAGAGAAAGAGGUUACGCUUUGUGAACAACCCCGUGUGCGUUUUGUAUAACUUAGCGACAGUGCUGCCGCGAGAGUUCUUCGUUCGAGUAACUGCUGGUUGACAUGUGAGCGAAGUCUGACUCUGCCUUCGUAGUUCUAGAAUGGAAAUGUACUCCGUGUUCAGCGUUCUGGUGCCGCUGCUGGUGGUGCAAGCGGAAACGGUUUCUGGAUUACAGAGUGAAACUGUGAAAGUAUGGCACCUGAGCCCCACGUACAGAGUUCUGCUUGUGACGAGCUGUCAAGAAGCUGGUGCGCUGCACUGGAGAAUGUACAACAGAACGUGGUCCCCAAAGUGCUUACAACCCCACGGGUCGACGUUGAGCUUCUGUCUGUGCUUGUUAAGGACUAGUACGCCCGCUUUUAGGACUCGACGGUCGCUUGAAGGGAAUUCCGCAGAAGAAAGUGGAGGCAACAACUUGGCCACUGUUGUAUCACCAAACAGUAGUGGAACAUUCGCAUUUUCUUCAGUUAUGAAUCGUCGUGUUCGCGAUGUGAGUUCUGUGACCGCACUGAAGGGAAAGUCAGUGAACCUCAUAUGUCCAAUGUACGUGACAACGUGGGGCUCCGUCUCCUGGGAGAAAGGAACCAGCAGAAUUCCGUUCACGCACCGGCAGCGGGUGCAGCCGGAUGGAAGCCUCUCCAUCAGAGACUUGCAACAGGCCACUGACGAUGGGGACUAUGUCUGCAAGUUUACGGAUGCUCGGAACCAAAAACACACGGGCAAGGUGCUUCUUCGAGUAUCAGCUCCCCCAGAGAUCUCUCCGUUUGAUUUUCGGGGAGACAUGAGAGUGGGCAUGAGGUUUCGCGUCUUCUGCACUGCCACGCAAGGAGACCCCCCCUUUGUCUUCAGCUGGCUCAAAGACGGCGUCACUGUGGAUGGACCCCUUGCUCGAGUGCUGGGACUAGGUGUGCAGAGCCAGCGUGACUUCAGCAUGCUGUCUACGGACAGCUUGAGACUGGAACACUCUGGAAACUAUACUUGCAUGGUGAAGAAUCAAGCGGCCACUGCCACGUACUCGGCUGUGUUGAGAGUUAAUGACCCUCCAAAAUGGAAAGUGGAGCCUGAGGAUGUGGCUGUGAUUCAGGGAAGGAACGUCCAGCUUCAAUGCAGUGCAACCGGAACGCCGCCACCUUCAAUAUCGUGGAUGGUAGCAGCAGACCUGAACCGAGAAGAAUUCCUGCCUAUAUAUAACAGCCACAAAUACGUCGUUUUUCCCAAUGGAACGCUCGUCAUAAACAACGUCGAGCAAAACGAAUCUGGCUACUAUCUCUGCAAGGCAUCAAAUGGAUACGGCGAGGUUCUCAGCAAGUUAAUCUUCAUUACUCUCAAACGGCCUCCAAAAUUUGACGUGAAAUUUAGAGCACACGCAGUGAAGGGCGGAGAGAAGGCUCGUCUGCAGUGCACUGCAGUGGGCGAUCAUCCGAUCGUCCUUUCCUGGGCAAAGAACAACGAGAGAAUUCUUGAUACCAGCAAGUACAGAAUUUCUACACUGAGCAACCAGACAUCCGCAAUGACAACUUCGACAUUGAUCGUCGCGUCUGACACUGUCGAGGACUCUGGAAUCUACAGUUGCUUCGCCAAGAAUCACUAUGGGUCGGAUGAAACCAGCAUGCGACUGCUCGUCCAGGAGGUACCGGGAUCGCCGGCGAACCUGACCGUCACCAACGCCACUGCCAGCAGCAUCACAUUGACGUGGAUGGAACCGUUUCGUGGAAACAGCGCCAUCACAAGGUUCCUUGUGCAGUACAGAGAAGCGGGCACAGAUGAUGCGUCGGCUUUAAGAAACCAAACGACGGAUGGCACGCAUAACUCAACUAUAAUCUUGGGCCUUCGUCCUUCGCGGGUGAUAAGUCUAAGAGUCAAAGCCGAGAACGGUGUUGGAUGGGGACCUUUCAGCAGUUGGGUUACUGCCAACACUGAGGAAGACAGCCCUGCCAGCGCGCCCGUUAACAUAACCGCAAGACCUACAGGACCAAACUCCAUCAAGAUAACUUGGCAGCCUCCAAAGGAAGAAGAUUGGAAUGGACAUCUGAAGGGCUACUACAUCAGCUACAGACCUGCGGGCUCGAAUGAACAGUACUACCACAAGACAAUAGACGUACAUAAUCCACACCAACGACAGGAGCUACACCUGACCAAUUUGCGCCUUUCGAUGUCCUACGCCGUAGCCAUCCAAGCUUUCACAAGCAAGGGGGCUGGACCGAGGUCGGAAGAGUUUGUAGUCAAGACACUUGACGAUGUACCACCCAGCCCGCCUACUCUGGAGGUGAUGUCCGUCACUGCCGACUCUGUAACACUGGGGUGGACCCUAAAGACGGCCUUCGGCAAUCCCGUCACAGAGUACAUGCUUUACCGCCGCAAGGAUAUGGAACAUUGGCUUGAGACCCCCAUAUCAACCGUGGAGCCAUCAUACACAGUGCGUGAACUGGAGUGCGGCACUACGUAUCAAUUUUACAUGACUGCGCAUAAUUCUUUGGGAAGAAGUGAGCCAAGUGAUGUCAUCCGAAUCAAGACUGAUGGAGCAGCUCCACUCUCCCCAAGCAAAGACGACUUCAUUCAUCCAGCUCAGCACCACGCCACUUUAAAUCUGCAUAGCUGGAAAAGUGGCGGUUGUGAGUUGCUUGAAUACUCCAUUAGAAUUCGCGAUGGAAGUGGACAGCCCUGGACCACACUUGCUGAGAGUGUAGCUGCAAAUCAGAGCCAGUUUUUGAUCAAACACCUUACGCCUGGAGUGUCGUACAGCGUCCACGUCGUCGCAAAAUCGACAGCUGGAGCAACUGAAGCACAAUAUACGUUCACCACAUACAACGGAACUGCCCAUAUCGCAUCCGUUGGAGCAACAUCAUCUCAUUCCAAGAAAACAUCCUUGUCAAGUGUCACGGACUUGGAGAUUUUGAUUCCUGUUCUGGUAUCCAGCUUCGUUGUCGUCGUUGUCAUCAUCGUAGGAUUCAUUUUGUGCUCUCGGGAGUCACUAUGCACCACAAAUAGACAAGGUGCCCCAGCUGAGUACCAGUGGAACUAUCCUGAAGAAAUUUUAGCCAUGAAAGACAUGCCCAAUGGUUCUGAGUGCACACCCGAGGAAGGAAUCCGUCGCUCAGGCUCACAUGCUGGCUCUCCAUACACAGCCAGCCAAUCCAUUUACGAACAGAGGGCUGAAAUCGACGACGGACGACAUCCCUAUGCCAUGCCAUAUGAUAUCCGGCACAGCAAUUCAUCACAAGCAUGUGGAUGUGAAGACCAGGCAAACUCAAGCACGCUAAAUCGACGCGCUGACCAGAAGCUACAUGGGUCAAAUAUCUACAUCAGUCGACAGAGCCUGUCACACCAGAAGCAACGGGAACGACCUUAUGAGCCUUUAACUGUGAAGUUGAAUGCCUACGAGCCCAAUGGAAUUACCCCGCUGCCUUCCAGGAAAGACCACGUUGACGUUGACGCUUGACGGUCACUCCAUGGUCCGAAAUGCAUUCAAGAUGAGUGUCCAUGCUUCAACGGUGCUCUCGAUACAGAAAGAGAAGUUCCCAGUGGUUCGGGCGGGGGACAUCGUAAAGCCGCCAACAUUUUACACACCUUCAGUGCUCCGUCUAGAACAUUUGAACGUGACAUUCCGCUGCUCCCAUGACGAUGAUGGGCAAGGCAUGGACUGUUAAUACUGAGACGUCCACAGGUGUUGUCCAGAACUCACCAGGUAUUCAUGUUUGUAUUCACGGACGUUAUCACCCAGAAGGGUGCGUGGCGUACUCACACCCUGUGUUGCGCAAGACAAGAGCCAGGUAAAUUUUGCGGAUACGAGAAAGGUUAUCUCAUAUUCCUGAUGUUGCGGAAAUGUUUUGAGAUGUUCCGUGGCAUGCCCACUGUGAUUCACUAACAUACUCGUACAUCCAUCUGUGCUUUGAAGUUUCUCUGGCAUUGUGUACUAUCAAUGUGAAGAACGUCUGCUCAACCAAGAGGAUCGUCGGUUGCUGUAGUAAAGGGAACACAGAAACAGGACUGCGAUGGAAGUGUUCCUGAUGGGAAAAAGCCAUGUGGUCGUCACAAUGAAGAAAUAUAAGACUGAAGGACAUUGCAUGCACUCUAGCAGAAUGUCACAGAAAGGGAAUGGAGAACACAAAUCCCUUGAUGGGUGUGAAAUAAAGCCCACAGUUGAUGUUA